AUGAAGUUCGUUGGAUUCUCAUUGUUGGUGGUUGGCCUUCUGGUGGCUCCCGCUGCCUGGGCUCGUGUCCCCUAUCCGGAGGUGGAGAUCCCACCAAUGGUCCCGGAGGAUGGGAUCUUCGAAAGGAUUGCUGUUGCGCCUCCCCAACCUGUGGGUCGCGCUGGAGCCUGCAGUGUAACCAUCCGUGGAGGAUUGCCCAGCCCCCAGCCCAUCUAUCUGAAAACCGACUCCGAGGACUUCUAUCCCUUCUCCGACGUGGGUGUGAUGGAAUUCGAUUCGGGAAGCACACUGCAGCUAUGGUGUCCCUCUGGAUUCAACACCCAUUCUGAGAACUUGCUUACCGCCAAGUGUGUGAGUGGAACCACUUUCACCGUUGAUGGAACUCAGUUUGAGUUCAAGGACCUCUACUGCAAGUCCUGGCCUGGAUUCAAGGCUGUUAAGUCUGGAGCCACCUGCAACGGUGGUAUUGUGAUCCGUGUUGGAUUCGAGAUCACCUCUUCGAGGUUUGCCGAGCAGAUGCAGAUUUGCUUCAACGAAGAGGAGGAGGUGACCCGUUACACUCGUCACAUUCUGGAACCUGGCAGCAACUACUAUGAGACUGGAGUGGCCAGGAUCACCUUCCAAACGGCUGGUUUCUUUGAUGGAAAGAAUGUAGACAAGCUGUACACCCAGGCCACUCAGUUGGAGACCAUCAACAACGAACUGGGCGGAGAUGCGGAGAAGUACUUCGAUAGUGCCACCAACGUUUAUCUGGCCCGUGGUCACCUGGGAGCCAAGGCUGAUUUCGAUUAUGCUCCCGAGCAGAGAGCAACCUUCCUGUUCAUCAAUGCCGCUCCCCAGUGGCAGACCUUCAACGCAGGCAACUGGGCACGUGUUGAGGAUGGUCUCAGGGCUUGGGUUUCCAAGAACAAGUUGAAUGUGAACUGCUACACCGGUGUCUACGGUGUGACUACCCUGCCCAACAAGCAGGGUGUGGAGACUCCUCUCUAUCUGGCCAAGGAUGGAAACAACAAUGGACUGAUCCCUGUGCCCAAGCUCUACUUCCGAGUGGUCAUCGAACCCAGCAGCCACAAGGGUAUUGUCUUUGUGGGCGUCAACAACCCCCAUCUUACCGAGGAGCAGAUCAAGCGCGACUACGUUAUCUGCAACGAUGUGAGUGAUCAGGUUACCUACAUCAACUGGAAGACCACUGACAUCAAGGCUGGAUGGUCCUACGCCUGUGAGGUGGCCGAUUUCCUGAAGACCGUUAAGCAUUUGCCCGCUCUGACCGCCAAGGGAGGUCUCCUCGUUUAAUUGGUGAUCAAAUAAAAUCCACAACUGUUCAGAAUUUUAUUUUCCACGAUUAUGCCUAUAAUGGUAGUUAAAAGAUAAUUUAGAGUA